AUGAUGGUUAUGGUUACAGUGAAAAUUUUGCAGGUUGCCAAUCUUGCCUUCAGUGAUUUGUGCCUUGGAGUUAUUGUAUUGCCUUUAUCAUCGAUCUAUGCGAUCGCAAAUGAAUGGCUUUUUACAUCGACACUUUGCGUCGUUUUUGUAUCAGCAGAUAUCUUGUGCUCCACGGCUUCUAUUUGGAAUUUAUCCAUUGUUGGUUUAGACCGUUACUGGGCUAUAACUACACCAAUGGCUUAUAUGGCUAAGCGAAAUAAGCGCACAGUAGCUUACCUAAUUUUAUCCGUUUGGUUUUCAUCUGCUUUGAUUAGUUUAGCUCCAUUCUUCGGAUGGAAACAGGUUGCGGAACGAGGUAAUAUGAUAAAAAUCAAUGGUACAUGGCAAUGCGUAUUUUUGGAUUUACCGUCGUAUACUAUUUACAGUGCAACCGGAUCUUUUUUUAUACCUCUAUUUAUUAUGUUCUUUGUAUACUAUAAAAUUUAUCAGACAUUUGCUAAACAUCGUGCUCGUCAACUAUAUAGACAACAGGUAAUUAAGAAACAUAUUGAAUCAACGAUUUUGCAUGACUUGAGUCAUGUUUUACCUACCAAUGAUAGAUUUGCUAAGGAAGUGGAAAAAAAUAAAAAAGAAAAAAAUUCCACUCCUCAUGUUUACAAAGAAGUUCGACCAAUAUGCAAAGAAUGUGAGGAAUGCGUCGAACAAGCAAACAAAUUCAGUGUUGGAGAAGAAUCAAACAAAAGAAAAAUUAUGCAAGGCGCAAAAUGUCAUAAAGACCAGGAAAGAGCAAUAAUAACAACAGAAGCAGCAACACGAAUCACCAGCGCAAUCAGUGAUACUGUCAUUGUAUCAGAAAAUAAUAUUACGACAGGAAAGAAAUCAAUGAAAUGUUAUCAUUGUGGUAAAACCGAAAUAAGCAAAAUGCAUGUGGUACAAUAUCCUAGAACAUUAUCAAAUCCAAAAGUAACAUACGGAAGGAAGCGACUUCACUCGAAAAGACAGAUAAUUAUUUCACAACACAAACCAAAAAGUAUUUCAACAGCUAAAGAACGUCGAGGUGUGAAAGUUUUCGGUAUUAUUUUAGGUUGUUUUGCAAUUUGUUGGACACCGUUUUUCAUAAUGUAUGUGGUGGUGCAGUUCUGUUCAUCGUGUCAAGUUGAUCCGCACAUAUGGAUGUUUAUCACUUGGUUGGGAUACAGCAACUCAGCAAUGAAUCCAAUCAUUUACACGAUUUUUAAUCAUGAUUAUCAAAAUGCUCUGAAGGGAUUAUUUCGAGGAAAUAAACAGCAAAGAGUGUAUGUAAAGCGAUAG